GUUUGAGUGUUCAAGGACAACAGCCAUCUAUCUGACUUUGGUUAUUCAAUAUGCAGAACAGACAAGGAUAUUGCAGCUAUUGCCGUGUGUGCUAUAGUAACCUGGAACAGCAUAUGUCCAGUGAUCGGCACAGAUUCUUGACCAUACAGAGUAGACAGUGGAAGGGUUCCCGUACUUUGAUGGAACGUUUCUUGCAGGAUGUACUGCGACACCACCCAUAUCGUUAUCAAAAAAGCAGAUCAAUGCAAAAGAAGAGCCUUCCUAUGAAUACUGCAGCACCUUCUGAAGUGGUUCCUAAUAAUGAUUUUAAUCCUGAAGAAAUGGCAGUAGAUGCUGAUGGAGUCAGAGGAGAGAUGCCCGCCAAGGAUUCUAAACCUGUUGAAGACAUGUAUUCUAGAUCUAGUAAAUCUCAAGAGUAUAUACAGGGGGUUUCAGUUCGACCAUCAGUUAUUCAGAAAGUGGAGAAAGGACAGCAGCAGUCCUUGGAGUUCAUUCAGAAAAUUGGGAACAACAUGAAAGAAUUUAAUUCAGUUGAUAUUGGUCACUCUACAAAUAAUAGACAAAGUGUAAUAUGUUUUUCAGUUAUUUCUAAUGCUCCUGUUAGUUGUUUACCUGAAAGUUCUCAUGAAAGACCAGUUACAACUAAUACUACUACUUUGUUACCACUAGGAGCCCAUUUUGAUUCAGUUGGUGAAUGUGACCCAAACAAAGUUGACAAAUACCUUAAACAGCUGGAUGGGGACUCUGGAAAUCUUACGCUGUCAUGUUAUCCAGAAACUUCUUCAGGUUCAUGUCAGAAACCUAAAGAAUCAAAUAGGGAGUCUUUAUGUAUAAAUUCAGAUAAAUUGGUUAUACAGGAAGAUGUAAAAUCUCAGGGUAAAACUUUGUCAACUGGCUUUGAAGCACAUGAAUUUGUGGGUACCGAAGGCUCCUUAAAAUUGGAAUCUCUUUCCAAAUUAGCAGUAAACCCAGCAAUCAACAUGAAUAAAACUGACAUACCUGUUGAUAAAGGAAUCUUUGAAGAUGGCAUUCCAAAGCAUCAUGAGGAAUUCUUUCCUAAUAUGGAUUGUACCCAAGAAGGAAAGCAUUUGGCCUUUUUGGAACAGAAGACCUCAGUGAGUUCUGAAAUGAAGUUGGCUGGUGGCUCUCUUCAGUCAGUGUCUGAUCACCCUGAAGAGGAUGUGCCAGACCUUUGGAAGGAGGAGCAAAUUGACCAAGAAGAUAAGAACUAUGAAUUAAGAAGUUCUGAAAUGAGUUUUGAUGGCAGUUCUUCUUUUUAUUCACUUACUGACCAAUCGGAAGAGACUGCUAAUGGAAUAAACCUUUCAGAGGAAGUACAUGCUGAUUUGCAGUAUAAGAAUAACGAAUCUUCUGUUUCUGAAAUAAGUUCUGAUUGUGAUGGCUCUCUUCACUUGAUUACCAACCAAACUCAAGUAAUUGUUAAAGAUAUAAGUGCUCAGAAGGCAGUGCAUAUUAGGCUGGUUGAUGAAAGCUAUGAAUCUAGUGAUUCUGAGAUGACUUUUGAUAGCGAUGCCUCACUUCAGUCAAGUGAUGACUACCCGCAACAGCCUGAUAAAGAAGCAAACCUUCUGAAAAGGGCACACACUGGCUUGGUUGAUAUGAACUAUGGAUCCAGUAGCUCUGAAAUAAGUACUGAUUCUGUUUUCUCACUUGAGUCAGUGGUUGACCAACUCCCAGUGGCUGUCACAGAGAGAAAACUUCAGAAGAAGGUUCACAUUGGCUUGGUUGAUAAGAACUAUGGAUCAAGUUGUUCUGAAACAAGUUUUGACUCUGAUAUUUCUCUUCAGUCAGUUGUUGAUCAUCCCCAACUGGCUGUCCAAGAAAGAAACCUGGUAGAUAGGCUUGUUUACCUGAAAGAUAAGAAUCGUAAACCCAGUAGUGCUAAAGCACAUCUUGAUUGUGAUGUCUCUCUUGAGACAGUGACUGAUGAACCUCAGAAGGCCAUUGAAGAAAUAAAUCUGAAAGAGAAGAAUGACCUUAUGGAUAUGAGCUAUGAGUCUUAUGGCUCUGAGAUGAGUUUUCACACUGAUGCUCAAUUAGUACCUGACCAAUCCCAAGUAGCAGUUAAAGAAGUAAACAUUCAGGAAGUAGCUGUUGACUUGGAGAAUAAGAGUGUUAUAUCUAGUCUUCCUGGUCUAACUUUUGGUUCUCAUGCUUCUCUUUAUCGAUCAGGUAAUGACCAACCUCAAGGGGCUUUGAGUGAAAGAAAUCUGAAAGAGUUAAAUAUUGACAUGGAAGUUAAAAGCUAUAGGUGCUCCAGUUCUGAGUUCACUUUUGAUUCCAAUUCUCCUCUUACAUCAGUUACUGAGUAUUCUGAGCUGGAUGUUGAAGAAGUAAGAAAGAAGCACAUUAACCUGGAAGAUAAGAGCUUUGAGUCAAUUAGCUCUAGAAUAACUUUGGAUUCUGAUACUCCUCUUCAUUUAGGGCCUGAUCAGCCUGAAUUAGCUGAUAAAGAAACAGUCAUUCAGAAAGAAGAGUAUGUACACUUAGGAGGGAAGGACGAUGAACCCACCACUUCCAAGAUAAGUUUGGAUUCUUAUAUCCCUUUUCACCCAGUGACUAACCCUCCAGAAGAAGCUGUUAAAAAGCUGUUAAGUUUUCAAAAAGAAGAGUGGGUACCAGUCGAAAAUAGAGAAAACAAACCUAAUGGUUCUGAAUUAAGUUUUGAUUAUGGUAUUUUUCACUCAGUUACUGGACAUUCUGAAGAUCCCAUUAAAGAAAGAAGCCUUCAGAAAGAAGAGAAUGUACACUUAGAAAAUAAGAAUAAUGUACCCAGUGUUUCUGAAGGCAGUUCGAAAUCUGAUACCUCUUUUCAGUUAGUGGCGAAUCAUCCUGACGUAGCUAUUAAAGAAAUAAACCUUCAAAAAGAAGAACAUGCAAACUUAGCAGAGAAGGGUAAUGAGUUAAGUAUUUCUGAAACAAGUUGGAAUUCCGGUAUUCGUCUUCAGUCAGUGAUCUACAAACCUGAAAUGGUUGUUAAAAAACUAUGGCUUCAAAAAGAAAAGCAUGCUCAAAUAAAAGCUAAAUGUGCUGAAUUUAGUGGUUCUGAAACAAAUUUAGAUUCUGAUAUCCCUCAUUGUUCAAUAAUAGAACCUCAAAUAGCUGUUAAAGAAAUAAAUGUUCAGAAAGUAGAAUGUGUUGGUCUAGAAAAUAAGAGCAAUAAAUAUAGUGGUUCUGAUACAAUUUCGGACUCUGAUGUCCCUCCUCGGUCAUUGACUGAAAAACCUCAAGUAACUGUUUUGAAGGAGGACCAUGUUGACCCAGAAGUUGAAAGUACUAGACCUGGAAAUUUUGAAAUAAAUUUGGGUGUUAAUGCCCCUCUUCAUUCAGUUCUUGACCAACCUCAGCUAGCCCUUUUGAAGGAAAAACAUGUUGAUCUGGGAGAUAAAAACAGUGGAUCUGGUGGUGGUAAAGUAGGUUUUAAUUCUGAUCACCUUCAUUCAUUGCCUGGACAAUUUCGGAAAGUGAUCAGAAAAACAAACCCAUGGAAGGAAGAUGAUAUGGGCCUGAAAAAUAAGGUCAAUGAACCUAAUGUUUCUAAAUUAAUACAUAAUUCUGAUGUUUCUCUCCAGUCUGUGUCUGAUCAACCUGAAGUAGGUGUUAAACAAAUAAACCUUGAGAAUGAAGGUCAUGUGUACUCAGAAGAUAAGAACAGCCGAUCUAGCGGGUCUGAAAUGAGAUUGGAUUCUGAGUUCAUGGUUCAGUCAACAGUUAAUCAUCCUCAGAUAACUAUUCUGGAACAAGAGCACACUGAGCUAGAAGAUAAACACAAUCAAUCUUGUGGUUCUGAAAUAAGUGUUGAUUCUGUUGAUCCCCUUCAGUCAGUGCCUGACCAGCUUAGAGAAACUGUUAAAGAAAAAAGCCUUUGCAAGGAUCAAGUUGACAUGGAAGAUAAGAGAGAUAAAUCUAAGCAUUUUGAAAUUGUAUAUGAUUCUGAUGUCCUUUUUCAGUCAGUGGCUGGCCAAACUAGAGAAGUUGUUAAGGAGAUCAACCUUUGGAAGGAGCAUGUUGACUUGGAAGAUAAGGUUGUCAAACCUAGUGAUUCAAAAAUAAAUUUUGAUUCUGAUGCACCUCUUCAGUCUGUGACUAAUGAAAUUCAAGAGGCUGUUACAGAAAUAAGUCUGAGGGAGGGACAGGUUUGUCUGGAUGCUAAGAGCUAUGAACCCAGUGAUUCUGAAAUCAUUUUUGUUUCAAAUGCCCCUCUUCAGUCAAUGGUUGAGCAGCCACAUGUUUUGGAAGAGCAACAAGCCAAUUUGGAAGAUAAAAGCAGUGAUCCUUGUGGUCCUGAUAUAAAUUUUGUUUCUGAUGAAACUUUUCAGUCAGUGGCUGACCACAUUCCAAAGUCUGUUAAAGAAAUAGGUCUUUGGCAGGAAGACCAUGUUUACCUGGAAGAUAAGAAAUAUAAACUAGGUGAUUUUGAAGUAAGUUAUGAUUCUGAUGUUCACUUUGUAGCUGGUCAUUCUCCCGAGGCUGUCAAAGAAAUAAACUUGCAAGAGAAGAAUGAUUCUGGUGUUCAUCUUUGUUUAGAAGUUGGCCAAUCUCAAGUGGUUUGCAAAGAAAUGAACCUUCAGAAGAAAGAGCAUCUUGGCAUGGAAGAAAAGACCAGUGAACCUAGUGAUUCUGACAUAAUGUGUGAUUCUGAUGUCUCUUUUCAAAUAGUGAUAAAUGAACCUCAAGUGUCGGUGAACCUGGUGACUGGUGAUAAUGAUUGUGAAGUGAUUUCAGAUUCUGAUGUCCCUUUUCAGCCAGUGAUUGACUCACCUCAAAUGACUGUCCAAGGAAUCAGCUGUAUAAAUGCUGAAAGUUUUGUUCUAGAAAGUGAGAGCUGUGACUCUUGUGAUACUGAGCUAGGAUGUGUUUGUGAAGCCUCUUCUCAAUCAGUGACACACCACUCCAAAAAAACCUUCAAAAUAGUAAACCAGAAGAAAGACUAUAUUAUUCUGGAAGAGUCAAGUUGUGAGCCUUAUGGUUCUGAAGUCAGUUUUCCGGUUGAUGCUUCUCAUCAGUCCACAACUUACCAAUCACUAGGGCCUGAAAAAAAGGCAAAAUGUAUUGACCCAAAAGAUAAGAGCUGUCAGUCUAAUAGUCUGAAACGAAAAUUUGAAUGGGAAGACACUUGUCAGCCACUGGCUCAUCAACUGCAGAAGGUUGACAAAGGAGUCAGCCUUUGGAAAGAUGUAGAAAAUACUGGCUUAAAAGAUAAGAACUAUGAAUCUAAUGUUUCUGCCAAGGGUUGUAAUGAGUCUCCUGAGUUGGUGAUCCACCAAAUGGCUGAUAAAGAAAACCUUCUGAAGUUAAAAUGUGCGGAUCUAGAAAGUAUGAGCUCUGACCCUUGUGGUUCUGGGAUGAAUUUUCAGUGUGAUCCCUCUCAUCAGUCUAACACUGAUCAGCCUCAAAAAGCUGUUAAUAAAACAGGCCUUCUAAAGAAGGUGUCUUUUGACCUGAAAGAAACAAACUAUAAUUGCCAUUCAAGCUCUGUUCCCAGGGUUGAUUCUAUAGGGAACCUGGAAAAAGCAAAAGAGGUCACAGAGGAUGAUCCUGAUGAACAAGUUCCUGAAGGCGUGCCUCAAACCCCUGCUUCAUUGGUGGGGAAAACGUGGUCUCAAAUAAUGAGAGAAGGUGACAUGAAUACUAAUGCUCUUGCGAAGGAAUUUAAGGGAGAUAGCUUCCGCUGUUACGUUGAUGACCGUGAGACCAGGAAAAUAAAAAAAAAAACUGAAAAAGGAAAAAAGAUUGCCUGGGCUGACCUUGAGCAGGACACUACAUCAAUUCAGGUCGUCUCAGAUUGUGAUGAUGGUGUAGGUGGUAUUUCAGAUACUGAUGACUUUCCAGUGGCCUUAGAUAAACCUAGCCAUUUUCUUUCAACAAAGAGGCACUGUGAGCAAACAUGGCGAGUGGCUUCUCGAUGCCAGGCUGUAAAAGUCAGCCAUGGAACUCAAACCAAUCUCUCAAGUCACCCAGGGAUGAAAAGAAGAAUGACUGGACAAGAGAAAGACUCUCCAGGAAGGAAACAUCCACUUUUACAGAACGACAGAAAAACAAGAAAGAACGUAAAAAUUGGAACAGCUGAAUUUCCUGAGUCAUGUAGUACAGUCUUGAAGUCUUUGCAACCAAAUGCCUUAGUUUAUGUUCUUUCUUCAAAUAUUAAGCAGAAGAAAGGUGAACCCAACAACUUCUCUAAAAUGAGGCACUGUAGUAGAAAUAAUUGGGAUAUUAACAUUCAGUACAGAGAUAAACAGAGUUCCUAUAAUUAUUAUGACCCAUUGAAUAAGCGAAUUGUAAUUGAUCCUUCUUUGAACAUAGAAGUACCAAAUUCGGACAGGAAUAACUGUGUUGAAAUUCAUUUUAGUGACCUGAACUCCCAUGGAGGAGAUGAUGACACUUAUGUACAGAGCUCUGCUUCAGCACCUUUUAUGACAGUGACAGUAGGACAUGAAGUAAUGUCACAUCAGGAGGCCAGUGAGCCUUCUGUGUUUCUGGAAGAAUCUGAGAUUUUGAAUUCUAGUGAAGUUCCAAAGGAAAGUAAUUUCCAGUCAGCUCUUUUAAAUUGUGAUGUUACGAACAUUUCUCCAAAAUCAGUUAGAAAUCAGUUCUCUGAAAGUAAAAAGAAAAUUCAGAGAAAGAAGGUGACAACUAAUAAUAAGCCAGGUUUUCCCCAAAAGGGCUGUAGACCAAUUAUUCCCCAGCAAAAAACCAGCAUUGCUUCAGAAACACAGUCAAUUUGGAGUCAGACCAAAUUAAGUGAUAUAAUUAAAAAGUAUAUUCUAAAAUACUCUGUUUUUCUGCGUCACAAAUAUUGGUCCAAGAACACUUUAAUUAGGAUGCAUCAUAAGAAGAAAAAAUCUCAUGUUAGUAGGUUAAAGAAGGCAAAGAAUCCAGCCAAAAUUCUUCCAAACUCGGUUCCCUCAGCUGGUGCUGAAGAGCAGUCAGGAGCUCCAGCAAGCUCUUCUCCCAAGCAACCUGUGCAGGAUUCUCCUGUUCCUGCAGGAAGUACGAACAAUGGUAUUAAAAGAAGCCCUAGAAGAAAUCAAAGAAAGCCUUCUAGACCUGUGAGAGUAUAUGAUUUGAGAAGCUUAUAUUCUCAGGUACCAUAUACUGAUAGAAUGAGUACUCGGCUGUCACACAAAUUUCAAGAUAAUAAGGUGAAUUAGAGGUGUUUCUGUUAAAGCUGGUUGAGGAUUCAGUACCUCAGUGGAAAAUGUAUUUGGUACCUUGUGUACAGAGCUUUCCUAACUUUGGUGAAAAAAUUAAUCUUCAAUUAUUUGGCUAUAGACCUAUUUUUUAGAACUUUUAUAUUUAUUUAAAAUUAGUGUGUAGGGUCUUUUUUUUUAAUUUUAAGAUUCAAAACCACCCUUUGCUGUGGAAGAGCUUCAUCUUAUUUAUAUUACAUAAUUUAGCAGAGUGUAUACAGUUUUCUUCCUCAGAAAUCGUGUCCCUCUUAACUUAUUUUUUGUGAUUGUAUCUCUCGUGUCAGUAGGUUAUAAUUGCAAGAAAGAAUAUGGCACACAUUAAAUGCUAUCUUAUGUUCUACUUUUAAAAAAUUGAACAAAUGAAUAUAUAGUUAUCUUUUGUGAGUUUCUGAGUAAUGUUGUCAAUGUUGUAUUCUAAUUGGAUAAUUUAAAAACAGAAAGUCAAAUAGAUUAUCUCAGCUUUUGAGUAGGACCUAAGUAGUCCUGCACAAUAUGUAAUUUAUCUUUUUUAAAAAGAAUUCCAGAAAAUGAGAUUCCAUCAACUUUAAUCCAGUUUUUAAAAGCUGCCUGCUGAUUUUAAAUACAUAACACAAACUUCUCCUGCUUCAUUUAAAUUGGACCUGUAGGUCUCUAACUUUCCUAAUUUGGAUGAAUGCACAUGUGCAGGCUCUGUAGAUUUUUCCUUAGUGUUGUUAGGUCUUAAGGAGGGAUGAUCUUGCCAGUGUGGUUAUGCUUUUCUACCACCUUUAUUCCCCUCCACCUGGAAGGGUUGGUGGUUUAAUAUGAAAAUCCAGGUUAUCUUAUGGGGCUUUAUCUCUUAAAAAUAUUUUAGACGUUACCAUAUUUUUUUUAAUAGCUUGAACUGAAAUUACUGGUUUGGUAAUUUGGGCAGACCAUUAAUUUUUGUUAUUAAUAAAUUACUUAUAAUCUUAAUAUUUCAAAAGAUCUAAUAAAACUGAUAACCUAGGUGAAGGCCCAUUUUGCAAGUGAAAAACUAUGUCAUUGUACGUUAGUUUGGCUUUCCUUAAACUUGCCAACUGAUUUUAGUAGUUCAAAUAAAAGAUGUCAAGAGAGGCAGUUUAGGCCUGAGGUACUCACAAUAUGUUUAGACCCUUUAUUCAGGGACACAGGUUGAACUGGUACAGGUACAUCCAAUUACCCUGUUAAGCCAAGGACCCUGGAUCCUUCUCUGCCAUCAGUGUUAAAGGGAAACAUGGAUUUCAACUGUUACAUUGUAUAAACCAUAUUUUAUUGAAACUAGAUCAGUGUACCAUGAUUUCAGAGAUAAAACUCUAUUUAUUACCUUAGAAUUAAUAAAAUAUAGUGUAACAAUUGGUUUCUAAAUAUAGCUUUAUUUCAGGAGCCAUUAUUUAACCUGUGGGUAUGUUAUGGUGUGUUGUAAUUUCUUUACUUCUAAAUUUAAAACGGUAAGUAUGUUGGAAAAAAUGGACAAAUGUUUAUAUUUUUAGUUGCAGCAGCUUCAACUUUGCCUCAUAUAUGAAUAUUUUAAUUUCUUAAAGUAUGACUGUGGUCUAUUACUUUAAAAUAACUCUCCAAUUUUAAUUUAGGAAAAAAACCUGUUUAGGAAGUAAACAAGCAACUAAUUCAUGAAAAUAUUCUACUUGUGGGUAUUGGUGUCUUUGUUCCCUAUGAAAUAGACAUGCAACUCCCUUGAGUACAGUUAGUAAGCAUUCUGCAUACUUUUAGUGUCAGUUUAAAAGUAAGAGAUCAUAUGGAAAUAAUGUACCACGUAAUUAUACAUCUAUUGUGAUCACAUCAUGCAGAGACGAUAGUUCUUAUAAUCUGAGUGAUCAAAAACUUGAAGUUAAAAAAAUUUUACUACAUUUUUUGCAUUGGAAACUCUUCUAAGUACCUUUUUCUUUCCAAAUUUUUUAAAAAUACAUU